AUGCACCGGCAUCAUCAGCGCCUACAUCGCCAUGGCCAAUACGUGGAAACUGACCCUGCUCCCCUUGAGUCGAUUGUCAUGCCCGAAAUUCGGGACAUUGUAAAAAGAGCGCCAAUGCCGACCUCGGAAUCAGGAUCGACCUCGACGUGUGCACCCGGAGAUGACUCUGCUCGAUGUGAGAAGAACACGAGUACGACAAACAAUACUGUACUGCCUGUAGUGCUAGGAGCGGUUAUCCCAAUUGUCUGUGCGAUUAUAGUUUUGUACUUUCUGCAUCGGCGAAAUCUAAAGAAACUGCGGAACGAAGACGCCAAUGACAAGCACAAAUCCCUUGACUUUGGACUAGAUUUACCGUCUGGCAGUGGCAAAUCUGGAAUGCGUGAGAAGGAUGGUACACGUAUCAAUCACAUGAAAGGUGUUUCUCUUGAUAUUGGGCCUAGCCCGUAUAUGAUGCCACCUGAUAUGCGAGGCUCAAGGGACUCGAUGAAUUCAUUGCCCCGCUCGGUUUUGACGGACGAUGAUAAGUACCGACGUGCGCAUCAGUACUUUUCACCUGAUGCGCACUCUAUUCGAUCCCAGCGACGAGGCUAUGAAGACACAGCAAGCGUUGCUGGCUCAACAAGUAGAGGAGCCCAUGGCGACGACAUGAACCAAGGGCUACUAGGAAAUGCUCAAAGGAUCUCACGCUCCUCCCCACCUCUCUACAAUGCACCCAGUGAGCCCAGCCCACGGAGCUCAGCGAACCAACCCCAAGUGCAUGACGGGAGUUUUGAAUUAAGCUUGCCAAGGAGUCCUAGUCCCGUUCAUGUACCAGGUUUGACGCCAAUCAAUGAGUCGGCGACAGAGAGUCCGAAAGAAGGAAAUACCCCUGCAGGUGCACAUGCACAGUUGAACUCUCGCCCCGAACACGAGUUUGAUUUUGCGUUGCGGGAUAUACCUUCUGCCCACACAGAACCCAACCCUGCUCCGUUGCAUGAUACGUCAAUUCCAACUCCUCGAAUUUCUUUCCCCUCGAGUGAUGGCGCUAGUGAUUAUGGAGACGAAAGGGCGUCCAACCCUAUGGUUCCGGCAGUGAGCGUUGAGAAGGUAGAGUCAGGUCCUACUCAUGAGGUGCCGAUGCCUCCGUUACCGGAGGAGCCGCUACAACAAUCUAACAUGAGCCUUGAUCCCCGCCGUGAUACCCGCCGUCUGACAAUGGGGUUACGCCCAUUGCCCCCAGAGGAUCCGGCUGAUAACCCCGAGCAACGUGCUAAUCGUAUUCGAUCAUUCUACAAGGAGUAUUUCGACGAAAGCAAAGCGGGCCAAAGAGAAACUUACUACGAAGACUACGAUGCAGAAUACUAUCCGUAUGAGGAUGAGUAUGUGUACGAUCCAGUGACUGGCGAGUACUAUGACGCAUUCCCAGCGCCGUACGCUGAACCAGUGACCCGUCGUGCCAUGACUCCUCCGCCGCGUGCACCUCCCCGAUUUCAAGGCGGGCCGCGCCAUAUGGCAUCAGGUUCGAUCGGUGGAUAUAGUGAACAAUUCUAUUCAUCAGGCCCGCGUGCGUUCUCAUCGGCAUCGGCCCGUUUCCCUGGUGCUCGAGGGCCGCGCAAGCCAGCCCCUCCGCCAACACCCCUUACCGUUCUCCCAACCCCUCAUUUGCUUAAAGACGAUGCCAUUAUGACGGCCAUUGAUUUCGCGCCGGGUUCGAGCUUCAGGGACCAAAAGGACGGCCGCCCAGAGACACCUCUCGGUGGAGUACGGCCUUAUAGCCCGAUGGUUCGAGCACACACUCCUCUUGCUUCAGUAUUCGACGACCUGGCACCUAUGCCUAGCCCGCACCAACUGCGAAAGUCAGGCGCUUUUGAUAAUUUAGACUUUGCCCCCCCACCUCGUUUCAAGACCCAGGAGACUGCGAGCGAUGCUGGUAGCAUCCGCAGCACGCGAACCGGAGUCUCAUCAGCCCAUUUGCAUAAUAUCCGCACUGGUGCGUACCGUGUCAGCCGACUGCCCCCGGAAACUGUUGGUACCAGGGAUGACUUGAUGUCGAACCUUCGUCCUACAUGGGAUAUGCGGCAAUAA